AUGCCUAUUAUUAGAAAAAAAAAGUCUAAACUUCCGAAUCGCGAAAACAUAGAUCACGUUAUAUGUGCUAAAUUGCCAGACAAGGAACUUGAACGAGAUCUGCAUCAAAUUGUUUCUAACAACAUGAUACAUGGACCUUACGACAAUGAUUUUCCAUUUAUGCCAUGUAUGAAAAAUGGCAAAUGUUCUAAAGGAUUUCCAAAAGACUUUACAAAAGACACAUAUAUUGAUGAAGAUAGUUAUCCAGUUUACCGAAGAUGUGACAACGAAAACAAUGUCGUGAAAAACGGAGUUUCUUUAGACAAUAGAUAUGUCGCUCCAUAUAAUAAGACACUUUUGAAGCAGUACGAAGCCCAUAUGAAUCUUGAGUGGUGUAAUCAGCUUGGAUCGAUAAAGUAUGACAUUCAUUAUAGAUCAUCACCUGUUGAAAGGUUGUCGUUUCACCUAAAAUACAAACAACAUGUGUUUAAACCAUCCCAACAUGUUACUAAUGUUGUUUCUAAACCAACUAUUGUUGCUUCUCAAUUUUUGGCCUGGUUGGAAUGUAAUAGCUAUGCCGAAAAGGCAAGGGAGUUAUCCUAUUUUGAAUUCUCAACUCAAUAUGUUUGGAAUAAAUCAGAUAAAGUAUGGACAAAGAGAAAAACAAAGACAAAGUCACUUGGCAGAAUUAAUCACGUGUCUCCCAAGUCUGGUGAUCUUUAUUACUUGUGCAUUUUACUCAACAAAGUAAAGGGUCCUACUUGCUAUGAAGAUAUUAGAACGGUUAAUGGGACCAUUUGUGACUCUUACAAAGAUGCUUACUACGCUCUUGGUCUAUUAGACGAUGAUAUAGAGUACAUAUCUUCUAUACACGAAACAUAUUAUUGGGUCAUCGCUUCUUUCUGCAGAUCUCUAUUCGUUAUGUUGAUUACAUCAGAUAGUCUAUCCCGACAUCAUCAUGUUUUUAAAGAGACAUAG